AUGGCUACGACUGGUGGGAUUACAUCUCCUUUNCGGAAUAUUGGGAUGAGCAGACCCAGCUCUGUCUCUGUGGGUACAAUCCCCCCAGAUCCCCAAACAAAUUUGCACGUUUCCGGCUGUGACCUCCUGUCCGACGGGAGCAUCCAUGGAUCCUACCGGCAGGCCUACGACUGGUGGGAUUACAUCUCCUUUGACCUGGAAUCCAAGAGAUUCUUGGCAGCCGACAACGCUGCUGAGGUCACCAGGAGGCGCUGGGAAGAUGAGGACGUGGCUGAGGAGUUCACGAAUUACCUGGGGCACAUCUGCCCAGAAUGGCUCCAGAAAUACGUCAGAUACGGGCAGAAGGAGCUGGACCGCAAAGAGCCCCCUGAUGUCCACGUGUCUGGAAAAGAGGAACACGGGAUGCUGAUCUUGUCCUGCCACGCGUACGGAUUCUACCCCAACGCCAUCGCGGUCAACUGGAUGAAGGGGGAUGAAAUCCGGGAUCAGGAGACGGAGUGGGGCGGGGUCGUUCCCAACAGCGACGGCACCUUCCACACCUGGGCCAGGAUCGAGGCGCGGCCGGAGGAGCGGGAGCAGUACCGGUGCAAGGUGGAGCAUCCCGGAAUGCCGGAGCCCGGGAUCUUCGCUUGGGAGCCGACAUCUGGCGGAAACCAAGAGCUGCCAGCAGAGGUCAUCCCCCUGCUUCAACCCAUCCACGGCUCUUGCUAA